AGUGUACACUGCAGGGAAGGACCUACCCUGCAAGGUUUGAACACCACGCCACCAACUGAAGCUACCUUAAGGAACCCGGUGAUGCUGCCCAGGCUGUGAACAAGGGGGCAGCACUGUGGGGGCUGCCAGCAGCCGGGGCUGGGAGAGACAUGUGGACACGUAGCCCCUAUGGCUCCCGCCUACCAGAUCCUCCGCUGGGCCGUUGCCCUGGGGCUGGGCCUCACAUUCAAAUUCACACAGGCCUUUCGAUCUCAAGAUGAGUUCCUGUCCAGCCUGGAGAGCUAUGAGAUCGCCUUCCCCACCCGUGUGGACCACAACGGGGCACUGCUGGCUUUCUCUCCCCCUGCCCAACCGAGGCAGCGCCGGGGCACGGGAGCCGCAGCUGAGUCCCGCCUCUUCUACAAGGUGGCCGCACCCAGCACCCACUUCCUGCUGAAUCUGACCCACAGCCCCCGUCUGCUGGCAGGGCACGUCUCUGUGGAGUACUGGACCCGGGAGGGCCUGGCCUGGCAGAGGGCUGCCCGGGCCCACUGCCUCUAUGCCGGCCACCUACAAGGCCAGGCCAGCAGCUCCCAUGUGGCCAUCAGCACCUGUGGGGGCCUGCAUGGCCUGAUUGUGGCAGAUGAGGAGGAAUACCUAAUCGAGCCCCUGCGAGGGGGUGCCAAGGGGGCCCGGGGACCAGAGGAAAGCGGCCCGCAUGUGGUAUACAAACGUUCUUCCCUGCGCCACCCCCAUCUGGACACAGCCUGUGGAGUGAGAGAUGAGAAAGCAUGGAAAGGUCGGCCAUGGUGGCUGCGCACCCUGAAGCCACCGCCCGCCCGGCCCCUGGGGAAUGAAACGGAGCGAGGCCAGCCGGGCCUGAAGCGCUCAGUCAGCCGAGAGCGCUACGUGGAGACCCUCGUCGUGGCCGACAAGAUGGUGGUAGCCUACCAUGGCCGCCGAGACGUGGAACAGUACGUGCUGGCCAUCAUGAACAUUGUUGCUAAACUUUUCCAGGACUCAAGUCUGGGCAGCAUCGUUAACAUCCUGGUAACUCGCCUCAUUCUGCUCACUGAGGACCAGCCCACCCUAGACAUCACCCACCACGCUGGGAAGUCCCUCGACAGCUUCUGCAAGUGGCAGAAGUCCAUUGUGAACCACAGUGGCCACGGCAAUGCCAUUCCAGAGAACGGCAUGGCCAACCACGACACGGCAGUGCUGAUCACGCGCUAUGACAUCUGCAUCUAUAAGAGCAAACCGUGCGGCACAUUAGGCCUGGCCCCCGUGGGUGGGAUGUGCGAACGGGAAAGGAGCUGCAGUAUCAAUGAGGACAUCGGCCUGGCCACCGCCUUCACCAUUGCUCACGAGAUCGGGCACACAUUCGGCAUGAACCACGACGGUGUGGGGAACAGCUGCGGCGCCAGGGGCCAAGAUCCAGCAAAGCUCAUGGCUGCCCACAUUACCAUGAAAACCAACCCAUUCGUGUGGUCGUCCUGCAGCCGGGACUAUAUCACCAGCUUCCUGGAUUCGGGCCUGGGGCUCUGCUUGAACAACCGCCCCCCCAGACAGGACUUCGUGUACCCAACCGUGGCCCCCGGCCAAGCCUAUGAUGCCGACGAGCAAUGUCGGUUCCAGCACGGAGUCAAAUCGCGUCAGUGUAAAUACGGGGAGGUCUGCAGCGAGCUUUGGUGUCUCAGCAAGAGCAACCGGUGCAUCACCAACAGCAUCCCGGCCGCCGAAGGCACGCUGUGCCAGACGCACACCAUCGACAAGGGGUGGUGCUACAAGCGGGUGUGUGUCCCGUUCGGAUCGCGACCAGAGGGCGUAGACGGGGCCUGGGGCCCCUGGGCCCCGUGGGGUGACUGCAGCAGGACGUGCGGCGGCGGUGUGUCCACGUCCAGCCGCCACUGUGACAGCCCCAGGCCAACCAUCGGGGGCAAGUACUGUCUAGGGGAGAGGCGGCGCCACCGCUCCUGCAACACCGAGGACUGUCCUCCUGGCUCCCAGGAUUUCAGGGAAAUGCAGUGUUCUGAGUUUGACAGUAUCCCUUUCCGUGGAAAAUUCUACACAUGGAAGACAUACCGAGGGGGGGGCGUGAAGGCCUGUUCCCUGACUUGCCUAGCAGAGGGUUUCAACUUUUACACGGAGAGAGCGGCGGCCGUGGUGGACGGGACACCCUGCCGCCCGGACACGGUGGACAUUUGUGUCAGCGGUGAGUGCAAGCACGUGGGCUGUGACCGAGUCCUGGGCUCUGACCUGAGGGAGGACAAGUGCCGAGUAUGUGGAGGUGACGGCAGUUCCUGCGAGACCAUCGAGGGCGUCUUCAGCCCAGCCUUGCCUGGGGCAGGGUAUGAGGAUGUCGUCUGGAUCCCCAAAGGGUCAGUCCACAUUUUCCUCCUGGACCUGAACCUGUCCCUCAGUCACCUGGCUCUAAAGGGAGACCAGGAGUCCCUGUUGCUGGAGGGCCUGCCGGGGACCCCCCAGCCUCAUCGCCUGCCCCUAGCCGGAACCACUUUUCACUUGCGUCAGGGACCAGACCAGGCCCAGAGCCUUGAAGCCCUGGGACCCAUUAAUGCGUCACUUGUUGUCAUGGUGCUGGCUCGGAAAGAGCUUCCUGCCCUUCGCUACCGCUUCAACGCGCCCAUCGCCCGGGAUACCCUGCCCCCCUACUCUUGGCACUACGCGCCCUGGACCAAGUGCUCAGCCCAGUGUGCAGGCGGCAGCCAGGUGCAGGUGGUGGAGUGCCGGAACCAGCUGGACCGCUCCACCGUGGCCCACCACUACUGCAGCGCCCACAGCAAACUGCCCAAGAGGCAGCGCGCUUGCAACACGGAGCCCUGCCCACCUGACUGGGUGGUGGGGAACUGGACGCGGUGCAGCCGCAGCUGCGAUGCGGGCGUGCGCAGCCGCUCGGUGGUGUGUCAGCGCCGCGUGUCCGCCGUGGAGGAGAAGUCGCUGGAUGACAGCGCGUGCCCGCAGCCGCGCCCCCCGGUGCUAGAGGCGUGCCAGGGCCCCACGUGCCCGCCCGAGUGGGCAGCCCUGGACUGGUCUGAGUGCACCCCGAGUUGUGGCCCGGGCCUCCGGCACCGCGUGGUUCUCUGCAAGAGCGCGGACCACCGCGCCACGCUGCCGCCCGCGCAGUGCCCACCCACGGCCAAGCCCCCCGCCACCAUGCGCUGCAACCUCCGCCGCUGCCCCCCGGCCCGCUGGGUGGCCAGCGAGUGGGGCGAGUGCUCCGCGCAGUGCGGCCUGGGCCAGCAGCAGCGCGCCGUGCGCUGCACCGGCCACACCGGCCAGCCGUCCCGGGACUGCGCCGAGGCCCUGCGGCCGCCCACCACCCAGCAGUGCGAGGCCAAGUGCGACCCUGCGCCCCCCGGGGAUGGCCCCGAAGAGUGCAAGGAUGUGAACAAGGUCGCGUACUGCCCCCUGGUGCUCAAAUUCCAGUUCUGCAGCCGAGCCUACUUCCGCCAGAUGUGUUGUAAAACCUGCCAGGGCCGCUAGUGGGGCGCGCAGUACCUGGAGCCGUCGUGGAGCCGCAGGCUGAGGGGGAACCCCAACCAGAGAGGGUCCCAGAGGGCGGGAGCUGGGAGUGAAGGGUGACAUGGAGCUGGAACUUAUUUAUUGGGAACCCCUACAGGGCCUCUGGUUAGGGGAUGAAGAGGAGCUGGCUACCCCCUCCCCAGUCCCUCUAAAGUCCUUUGUCCAAUUCAUAACCAGAUCCCCCCCCUCUUCAGGGAUGGAUUUAAGGAAGGGGGUACCUAGUUGUCCCAGCACCAUUUGCACCCACCCUUAAGGAGUCCCCUCCCCUACCCUCUGAUCGAAAUAUGUACUGUGAAGAGUGGGAGUGGGAGAGGGGGCUACCAGCACCCUCCCCCCAGCACUAACUCCCUCCCACUCUGAGCUGGUGGGGAUCCAGGCUUGCUAAGGGGGACAGGACCUAGCACCACCUCCAUGACACCCUCUCCCAAAACCGACCAGGGGGAAGAUUCACCCCAACCUCUGCUCUCACUGAUCCAUGGGGGGACCCCAACAUCCAAGCCACCCCCAUCAUGCCGGUUACAAGGCCUCACCCUGGGGCUAACGCUCCUCGCAGGAAACCCUACAUCAAUAAAGUUCUGUCUUAAAUAGAUUUCUGUGAGUGUG